AUGGAGCAAGAAGCAGAGAGAAGCGCCACAAGUGUUGCAUCGACCUCUGAAGGGUCGGGUCUAGAUCCGAUAGCUCGAACGAGGAAGCUCUUGUUCCGCCAGAUGCUCGUGGGAAUCAAAGACGGGAGGUUCUUCCUUGGCAAUUUCCACUGCAUCGACAAACAAGGAAACAUAAUCCUCCAGGACACCGUGGAGUAUCGUAGCAUAAGAAGAUCGUCUCCUUCGCCUACCGAACAGCGUUGUCUUGGUAUGAUCCUAAUCCCUUCCUCUUGCAGGACAUCUUGCCAUGUCGAUUGCUCUAUCGAGGAGCAGCUUUCGUUGGUUAAGCUGAAAGAGUAG